UCCCAGUUAUAGCAACCUGAACACCGAAAUGACAUCCUCUAUUACUUGAAGUACCGAAUUGCAGAGAUGAUACAAUCGUUUUAUUCAUAAAUCAAAGCAUCCUUUCCCACCCAUUCUUAUUCAUACAAUUAUUGUUAUCAUAAUGUUCCCUCCCCUUGGACUAUUCAAGGACGUACCAUGUCCUCAGGCUCAGGAUUGCUCGCUUCUGGUCUGUUUAUUUUCGCACAAGAAUACCAAGUCUUUUCUUGAUAAAGAGAAGGGUACACAGCCAGCAUCAGCAAAAGAUGCGACCCCAGCAAGCACGCCGAUCCCCAAGAGGAGGAAGAUAGAACCGACUGCGACUGCGGAUAAGGUCCGGAAGAACGCCUCGCCAGCACCAGCAAAAGAAGCACAGAAAUCAACAGACAAACCCAUAAAACCUGCUUCUCAAGAUCCGGCAAAACUGCAGUCAACGUCGAAAAAGGUAUCACCACCGCCUCCACGCGCGGUAUCAACACCGGAGAAGAAUGCACCUACAAAAGCGACGACACCGUCCCAACUACCACCAAGAAAGGCGCGCAAGGAAAGCUUGAAUCCUCGGAUGCUCACCAAAGCGCCUGCAUCGCACGGUGUGCGGUUAUCUAUCUUGACCAAACUACAUUCUGCCAUGUCGAAGCUCAAUGCCAAAUUAGCGGAAGAUCAGAAGAGCGGGAAUAAGUACCUGGUCUUGUCUCCUAAUGAGCUCGUGACAAUGGCGCUUGAUGAGGAGGAAAAAGCCGCGAAGGAUAAUCCAGGUGUAUACGGGAAUGUUAUUAAGCUUCGGAUUGUUAAGUUGUCCAAAAUGAGCAAGGAGGACUGGGCGAAUGAGGUUAAGGCGCAUUUGAAUGCUCGGUAUUAUAAGUUCGAGCCGGUUCAGGAGCCGUCCAAGCCGAAGGAUCUCACGACUGGAUUAAGUGCGAGGGAAGAAAUCGCGAUUGUCGGUAAACUGGUCACGCCGUUAGAAGGUCUCGAAGGAUUUGGCUACGUCACCCGCGCGCCGUCAAAGGAGGAAAUCGAAAGUGCCAAGAAGGGCGUCGAAGGGUCCCAAGGCUGGGAACAAUGCGCUCGAUGCGGUGGACGAUUCCAGGUCUGGCCCGGACGGCGUCCUGAUGGUUCAUUGACGAGCGGAGGACAGUGUACCCAUCAUCCGGGGAAACCGAUGUAUCCUCCAAAAUCGCAAACAGAGCACAUCACGGGACCCAGGGAGGCAUACUACUCUUGCUGUAACGAAUCGCUGGGUACAUCGCCCGGCUGCAAGAAAGGCGACACGCAUGUCUUCAAGGUCUCAGAAACGAAACGCCUCGCGUCGAUUCUACAGUUCGAGAAAACGCCCUGGCAGCCGGAUAAGAGACCACGACCGCCUGUAUGCUUCGACUGCGAAAUGGGAUACACGACGUUUGGAAUAGAACUCAUCCGCCUCACAGCCGUCAGCUGGCCUGAUGGCAAACCCCUACUCGACAUCCUCGUCCGACCAAUGGGCGAAGUCCUAGAUCUCAACUCACGCUUCUCCGGCGUCUUCCCCGAACACUACGCAAACGCCGUGCCCUACGACCCAUCAAAAUCAACCCCAGUAUCAAACGAAACCGAAAACCAGCCCCUCCAAGUCGUCGACUCCCCCGCCGCCGCCCGCUCCCUCCUCUUCACCCACCUUCAACCCACGACCCCGAUCAUCGGCCACGCAAUCGACAACGACCUCAACGCCUGCCGCAUCAUCCAUCCUACCGUCAUCGACACGGUGAUCCUCUACCCCGCCCCACGCGGCGGCUUGCCCAACCGAAUGAGUCUGAAGACGCUGUGCAGGAAGUUCCUUGAGCGGGAGAUUCAGACGGGUGGUGAGAGGGGUCAUGAUUCGAAGGAGGAUGCGGUUUCGACGGGGGAUUUGGUGAGGGUUAAGGUUGGGGAGACGUGGAAGGUGUUGAAGUCUAAGGGGUGGGGGAUUGAUGUUGCUGGUGGGAAGCUUGUGCCGCCGGAGGGGACGGGGAUGGGGGAGAAUGAGGCUGCUCAAGAGAGGGCUUUGGGGGUUGGGGCUGGGGUUAAGAGGAAGGGGUUGUCGUGAGUGCUCAUGGCACCGUUGGACAACAUCUAUUGUUGCAUAGGAUACUACGAGUAAUAAAUGUUUGGGUAAAAGACUGCUCC